UGGAGAGAUGCGUGCGUGUGUGCUGUGAACAGUGGAUUGUGAGUUAAGUGGCUGCAAAGGACACAACUUCGACUUCGGUUUCGAAAAUAACGUCUCAGCAAAAUGUCUGGUGAUGAAAUAAACGUAUUCCGCUGCGAGACAGAAUCGGACAGCUCGUUACCGCCCUGGAAGAGAGAGAUUCUGGAACGGAGAAAAGCAAAGAACCGAGGUGCAUUCGACUCAUUCUCCAGUGCUUUCACAUCUCGGGUUAACGACGAGACGCAUGGGAAGAAUGGCAGGUCUGAAAAGUCUAGUACUUCUAAUGGGAACUUUACAGUUACUUCUGCUUUUGCAUGUAAGCGCGUUUGCACUCCUGCCUUCCUCACUCCGCUUAAAACAAACAAAAAGCCAUGGUCUGCUUUCGACCACUAUGACAUUACUGUACCGGACAAGAAUGUUUGUUGCCAUAGCGAACAAGAGAGUUUGGUUUUGUCGGACAGUCUGGGCCCAUUACACGAUAAUCUCUUUAUUAAAAUGGAAAGGGAGAGUAAAAAGCGCCAGGACCAAGAGAACGCUGCACGAUCCAUACAACACAUAUUAGAGUUGUACGGCGGUGUGCCUGGCAUCCGCACUAUUCGCGCUGAGAACAUUAUAAUUAUAGAAUCCGACCCGGAUUACUUGCGAAUGCCUCCAGAUUUUAGAACUGCCACCAAACCGCAACAUAACGGUAGCUACAGCUCCCUAAAAGACCUGUUGGAUCAGAAAUGUACUUCAGUGACUGAGAUACAUGCAGAAGAAGUGGUCAUCUACAAUUCAAAAUUAAGCAAAAGUGAGGAAAACCUGAGCACAUUAGGUCAUUAUGGUACUGAUGAGGAACUAGUACACAUACAGGGCCAGGGCAGGGUCAACCGUAUGCUGCAGAAGUUUGACUGUAAUUAUGACAAACUCCAGCCUAGGUCCCGCAGCAGCGAAAACCUGCUGGAUAUAGACACCCGCUCAGACAGGCGGAGACUUCAGCCUAAACCACAACUAAAUCCAGUGCCAAAGUUUGUGACACCUGCAAAAUCCAGCUCACCAGUUUUAAGUUCAGAACCAGUGCAUACACAUUUAGUCUUCCAGAGCUCAAAGUCUUCCCCAUCUUCCCAAUCUCAUACCUUGUCUUCUGUUGAAAAGCAGGAGAGUGGUACACCCUUUUCUGUAUCCCUCCAGUCUGAGUGGGAGGGGGAAUCCAGUACACCAGUGAACGUGAGGUUUCCGACUAAACUCUCGAGAGGGAAGUGCUGGGAUGCUCCAGAAGAGUCUUCCAAACCCAAAGUGCCAAGCUCUUUGGGGAGACCCAGCAAUGUUCCAGACGGUCCAUCUUGUCGCCUGUCGCCCCAGUCCUCUACCUUUGAAAUCCGCCCCGCUCCUCGCCCGGACUUGUCCUUGUUGCCAGACGACGACAUCCAGGCACGUGCCCUUGCCAACCUGCGCCUGCAGUCCCGCAACUCUUUCACCGUCAUACCGAAAUGCAGGAUGCCUGUGUUGUCCAAAGCUGAGCCUUCAAGUCCCAUCAAACCUGCAUCCUCUCCUUCCCCACAACCCGUAGCACCUGAGCCUCUGGCCACUACAGUGCCAAAGCCCACACCCCCAGCCUUGCCUCCACGCUCACCUAGUCCCCCCAAAAAAGAGGAGAUGGUUCCCGGGCAUGCUGUAACAGAGCUGCCUGAACCAGAUGUCCCUGUGAAUCCUUGUGCCUCGCCCUCAUCAUCCACCGUGGACUUCACACUGGAUCCCCCUAUGCAGUUGACGCUACCCAAAGAGCCCCUUUGUAUAGACCAGCUGCCAGUCACUAAUAUAGAUGAUGUAGUUGUAGAGCCAGUGUGGGCUGCUCCAAGCUCUUUGGUUCACCAGCGGAAGGGAAACACCUUCACGGUGGUGCCUAAACGUAGGCCUGACUCCCAGGUUGCGUCUCUGGAGCCCCAAGAGCCUGGGGCUGACCGGCCAAAUCCCACCCAGGUGCCCAAGCAGCCCCCCUAUGCAGAGCUUGGUUCACUCCUAAAGAAACGCUAUCCUAAAGCAGAAGAGAUAGAGGUCAUCGGUGGAUAUCUCUCUCUCAGCCGUUCAUGCCUUUCCAAAACCACUACCCGCAAGAAGUUGAAGAUUUCCUUCAAUGAGUCAAGCCUUCACAGUACUUUCGAGUACCCCUCAGAGAGCAGUCUAGUGGAUGGAGGGGAGGUUGAGGAUGAAGAAGAAGAGGAAGGCGUUCCUGCCACCACAAGAUUCCAGAUCCCCCGUCCCAGUUAUAUAAGCUCCCCUACCAACUCCACUAGUAACAUUGAUCUCUCCAGUUACACUCCCAAGCACUCUGUGGAUUUCAGUGCUUGGCAGGAACAUAAGAAUGAUGUCCAUGUCGUUUCUGGGGAUUGCAACACAGAAGGUGCUGAGCUGUGUCUAGAGGAAGUCAUGCUCACCCCAGCUGUUGGGUCCCCCGUCUCAGACUUCCACAGUGACCCCGCGCUCUACUUCUGACAUACCUAGACCACAUGGUGAAAGCCGCAGCCAGGUGGCAGCCAUGAGCUACAGAGUGCCACAGGACCAAAUCCACACACAGCAGCAACUCUGCCCAGAACUGAACACACAACCUCUAGGCUUCUGGAAAAUCGCCCUGCAAUUCUCUAUUGAAUUUAAUAGCCAUCGUACCCAAAACCUGAACAAUUGAGUUCAACCAAGUAAUUCACCAGACACAAAGCACCCAACUCUCAAUUAAAUAUGCAUCACCAUAUGGUGACUUGGAGCUAGCAAAGAGUCAAACAUAAACUGGCUGUGCCAAUAAUUGUACCUACAGAAAGAAAUUGUACUUUCCAGAAAACAGUUCUUACAGAAAAGGUACUGCUCUAUGGCAGGGACAGAAAACUAGGCAACAAAAUUUUUUAGGAGAGUUUUUAUUCAUUGACUUUAAGUGAAGGCUGGAGGUUGCCAUAAUCCUUCCUUUAAGUCUGCAUCUGUGUAUAUGAAUCCUCCUUGACCUGGAACACAAAUCUAUACUUUUCAUGCAUGUGUAUGCUCUACAAUACUAGAUAUCAUUCUGGCCAUUCCACAUUUAAAGACUCUGAUGUAUUACUCAUGUGUCUUAUGUCCCAAGUAAUAGGAAAACAACAUUUAUUUACAUUGUACAUUCUGUGCUAUGAAAAAGUAUUUCCCUUUCCUAAUUGCCUCGAUUACUGCAUAUUUGCAUAUUAGGCAAAGGAACCGAGUAAAUGCAAACCCCAUUUAAAAACCCCAUUUAUCAUUUAAUUAAUAAAGUUAUGAAAUACUUCACAUGGGCAAUAUGGGUAAUUGCCCCCUUAGUUACAUAAUCAACCAAUUAACCUCAAUUAAUUAAUUUAAUUGAUCUUUGGAUUCAGCUGACUAAUUGCAUCCAGCCCUGUUGAAUCUAAACCUUACUCAUAUUGAACCUUUAUGGAGCGGAUUUAAUGGCAAUAGCAUUUACACGUUUUGCACAUCAUAAGUUUAUUUUCUGAACUGUAAAACCCAAUCCACAUGUGUAUUGCAAAUUGUUAAUGUAUUUUGUGAAUUGCAAAACACAACACUUGUUGUAGGCAUAACAAAAUUACAAAUCCUGUUCUAUGCAUACAACGCAUUUUGGCACAAUUGUUCUAUGUAGGACAGGAAACAAAUCACAAUCGCCAAUGAAAAUUAAGGUAUCCUGACUUGAACCCAAUAGAGAUGCUGUGGCAGGACCUGAAACAAGCAGUUUGUACUUGAAAAUUGUUUGUCUGAAUUAAACCAAUUAUGCAAAGAAGAAGGGGCUAAAAUUCCUCCACAGCAGUGUAAAAGGCUGAUGUCAAAUUAUUUGAGGCAUUUGGUUGCAGUCACUGGUGACGAAUAUGCAAUAAUAGAGGAAAUCAGGAAGGCCAAUACCUUUUCAUGGCACUCUAUUAUACUUAUAUGUUCAAUAAUUAGGGCUGUCAAAAUUAAUGGGUAAAGUCUUGAAAUUAAUGUAAUGCCUGCUUAAU